AUGGUUUACGGAUUCGUUGUUGCCCACGAUGCAGAAACGAUGAUGACCUACUUUGUCCCGGCGACCAAGAUUUUUGAAAGCAUCUAUAGACAAUGUGGACUGAUUGAUCUUCCUUUACAAGACUUCUUCGGGUUGGAAGGCUCUCAAGUCGAUGCGAGGGAUCGAGAAUCUGAUCCUUCAAGCAAAACCGGUGCACCCGUAAGAAGGUUUGAACAACCUGCAAGCGAUUCUAUCUUUCAGAUGUUCAUGGACAAGCUGCGUUUGCAUACGACGCGCAAUGUUGACCAGCAGCAGUACAUUCUCACACCUUCUCUUGAGGAGUGGUUCCUCGUCAAAGCCAAUCCAAAUGCCUCACAUCUAGACCUCCUACUGGACUUUGUCUAUGCUCAGAAAAUCAUAGUACCAGUUGAUGCUGACAAGGUAUCCGAUGGCAGCCAAAAAUGCUUGCUCGUGUUCAGCAUCCUCCUUCAGAUUGGUCAUGGCGACCUGAUCGACAAAUUUCAAGAACGUGGGUUGAUCGACAGCCGCUUACCAUUUGAACGUGCGCAAGUAGUGGAUACUAUAGUCCAGAUGGGUGUACAAGAUGCCCAGGAAAUAGCGCAACAAUUUUCAGAAAAGCAGUGGGCAUACCUACCCAUGAUCUUUCAGUAUGGGGCUAGAUUGGUAUGCCCGCCUCAAAUGAUUGUGCCGAUACAUCAGAAGCAACGUAUCAACACGAAGGGUGGUAUCGCUACUCUGUGGCAUAUUGUCGUUCUGGAGGCCUUCGUAGACCAAGCCCUCCGUGAAGUUGCGUCUAAUGCUAGGUACGAUGAUCCGUCGGACCAUUUAGGAUAUCGAUAUCAAUUCGCAUUGAAGUCAUUCAAAGCAGGGCAGCAAAGCUUGUUCGACAGCGAACGUUCUGCAUUUCGUGCUUUCAGCAAUGUCGAGGGGACUGUUCGCCAAUUGUGUGAUUACAUCCACGGAGCUGAAGAUUCCCAUGGAAUGUAUAACAUCGUUCUAGAGUAUGCAGAGCUGGAUCUCGACGAAUAUUUCUUUAGUAAAGAUCCUCCAUUGCUGUCAACUGAUAUUGCGAUCUUCUGGAGAAGAAUGUUCGACAUUGCAUCUGCAGUCGCUAACAUCCAUCAAUUUGCUAAGUUAAGAGCAGGGGUUGUCGAAGCAUAUUCAGGGGUUCACGGAGAUAUCAAGCCAGAUAAUAUCUUGUGGGUCCAGGAGACAUUCAAGCUGGCUGACCCCGGCUUUGCUCGGUUUGAGAAGUCUGGUAGAGCCAUGGGGCCACCGCUUGGGGGCACAAAGACAUAUGGUAUACCUUAUGGAUCACCUGAGCAAGGCAAUGCGGGGCACACUGAUACCCAAGCCAGCCAAGCAAUCGACAUCUGGUCUCUCGGAUGUGUUCUCUCCAUGGCUGCGACCUGGGUCGUGCUCGGUAGUUCCGGCAUACAGCGGUUUGACCAAAUCCGUGUCAAGGGUAGAGAAAGGGCACUUCUUGAAACCUCAGGGCAUUUGGAUGAUCCUAAUGAAAAGGCGGCGCUGGAGAGGGGCAACUCGUUCCAUGAUGACCGAAAAGUCCUCCCCGAAGUGCGUGAAUGGCACACAAACCUUCGUUGCUUCACCAGACGGAGUGAUGAUAUAACCGCGUCUGUGCUGGAUCUUCUGGACAACUCUGUCCUCGUCGCGCAUCCGAGCUCGCGCAUCAACGCAAAAGACCUUGGUGCACUCAUGGUCAAAGCUAUUACGACCGCCGUAUCCAAGUCACGACGAAAUCAACAGUCGACCCCAAUGCUACAGUAUGGCCUCCCAUUGCCUGAAGCGUCGGUCGACUUCAUGCAAGAUCGUAGCAAAGCAGCUCGUAAACAGAUUGUAUCUGCUCCGCGUCACUAUGAUUCGGUUUCGACUCCUAAAGGUGAUCAGAGAGCUACAUCGCCGUCUCCAAGAUCUAGCUCUAGUUCAUCUUCUAUUACGGCAGAGGACUUCUCAAGUGAACCGCGGCCGUUCGGUGAACAUUCCAGUACAAUCAAAGUCUGGCCUCGUCCUCCGGUCACAAGCUAUCCCAAUCCCACCGCUAUCCAUCAAGAGAUUAUUACACAUCAUCGUCACAUCGACCAUGGCUUCGAACGAGCGCCGGAAUCUCCCCAACGACAACCUCAGCUACGCGGACGGUCACCGUUGUCCGUCCGAGACGGCGACACCGGAUUCUCGCAAAAGUCUUCGUCGAGAAGACAGAGUACUAAACGUGCUUCUCUGCAUCAAACAGUGCCUCAGGUACUCGAAGAAAUGAGCAAGUCCAAGAAGACUGGCUUGAGCCACUUAUCAGUUCGGGGUCGAGCCCCACGAAAAGAUGAUAUAUUGUCAAGAUAUAUCCCUAAUCGUGUUUUCAGCUUCCUUGUCGAUAACGCUGAAUCCAUGAACGAACAUUGGGAAGAAGCAACGACGUUACUCUCGGCGCUAAUAUAUAAAACAAAGGGUAUCGAUAAGGACGGUGUCGAUCUAGGAUUCACUACAGGCUCCGUUCAGCUCCAUAAUUGCAAAACAUCCAAAAAGCUUGUCGAGGUCAUGAAGACAAUGGGGGCCAUGCCGAGACCAGGUCUACAUACCGACAUGAACCGAUCUUUAGCCAUUAUUCUUUCAAGUUACUUGCAACGAUUAAAGAAAACCAGCUCAUCUACAACCCUGAAGGAUAUUGAAAGGGGGUUCACAUUGAUCGUCCUGACGGAUGGCGCCUGGACAGACACGCAGCAGCAGCAAGAUGCUAUCGAUCGUACCAUUUUGGGCUUUUCGAGAUCUUUGCGCGAGAUCCAAGGUUACUCUUUGGUCCAGAGGCCCGUGAGCAUCGAGUUCAUUAGGUUUGGUAAAGAUGAGCGUGCGAACAAAUCGCUCAAGAGGCUGGACUUUGAGCCCAAAGAUCAGGACAUGUGUGACAUCAUUGAUACGACGCCAGCCAAUGGUAAUGUCUGGAAGAUGCUGCUAGGAAGCAUCAUGGAGGAAUACGACAAUCAGGAAACGGACGUAGAGGAAGCCACGUCAAUAUCAAAACGCCCGCUCAAAAUCAGUGAUGCGUCAAAUCGAAAAUCCAAGUGGAUUCCUGAGGAACCAGAAACUGCACCGUCCUCCGCCGUCCGCCCUUUUUAG